AUGGCCGUCCAUUCCUCUCCUUUAAGAACAGCUUAUGAACUCUGCACUACGCGCAAACACGUCCACCGCGCUCUCUCAAUCCUCAGUGGCUUUCCUCUUGUCAUCCUUGACUGCGAAGGAAGAUCUUUGGGCCAAUCAGAUGGCACCCUAUCUUUGUUGUGCCUCGGUACACCAGUCGCAGGCGACUUGCAGCACGUCUUCCUCUUCGACAUGCAGGCUCUCGCACCAUGCCCACGCAGCCGAGGUGCUAUAGCAGCCUUUCUCGAGCGCGGCCCAAUCAAAGUCUGUUGGGACGGUCGCAUGGACGCGAUCGAGAUCUUCCACUCGUUUGGCAUACCGUUGACUGGAGUGCUCGACCUCCAAGUCGUCGAGGUCGUCGCAAGACAGACUGUACUCGGCGAGAAGGAUCGGGACCGGGAAGAACGCCUGGCGAAGCAUAAGUUCGGCUAUCGCUUCGUGCAGGAACAUCGGUCACGCAUGGGCGGCGUUCAUGUCGUUCGCGGUUUGCAGAACUGUAUCGAGUUCUAUCAUCCCGAUCUUCACGUUGAGAAAGAUCCGUCUGUGGUCGAGAUGCACCAGAACGGCGAGACUCAUCGAUGGAUGGAACGGCCCUUACCCGAAAACCUGUUGCACUAUGCCGCAAACGACAUCCGCCUCAUCGCGCACGUCCUCUCAAUCUUCGACACCCUCGGCUUCUUUCAGCGCGACUUCUGGUCAUUGGUCGAGAAAUCGAAGCGCUAUAUCGCAAGGACCGAGCGCGUGCGCGCUAACGAGCCUUUAAGGCCAUCAGGUCUCCUCCUGCUCGAGGCGCUGUCAGACGAGCCCGCCCAGCAUGAUUGCGCCCGGUGUGGUGCGCUGCUACCGAUCUCUUGCUUCGAGAACCUCUCUUGGAGAAUCGAGGGGGCGCGCGGUGCCGGCGUCCGCAGGAGGCACUGUCAACUCUGCGUUACUAUGUCUCUGCGAGAUCAUCUUACUCUUCCCGAGGAGGGUUCGGAGUGGCUAGAGACCUCGCAGGCUCCACGGUCCAUGAUCCCGCCAUCCACGUCUACUUCUUUCUCGCGACCCAGCUAUCAGCAACUGUAUAACCCUCUUCGUAUAGUCAAUGAGGUUGCGUCCUCUCCUUGCCUGCAACGCUCAAUUGCAUUCAAUCAAUCAUGUAUCGCCAAUCCUUGUGAACCCGUCUCUGGAGAUUGGGAAUGUAUCAGGUGUACUCGUCAAUCAUGUAGCUCUACUUGCUUAUCUUUCGCGGACUAUUGCUCUUCCAUGGACUACUACUAUCUCAAUUUGGGUACCAUAGGCUAG